CCACAUCUACAUUUAAAGGUCGAUGAUUUUAUUUUAUUUUUAAAAAGCGCAUGUGAACGUACACGACCUGAGUUUCCUGUCAAAUCUGCAGAAAUGUAAACAGAGAUAUUCCUAUUAUUUAUAAUUCACAUUUUUAAGAUCACAAUAAUCUGAGAUUUAAACUGAAUUAAACACAGUGGAGGAAGGAUCAUGUGUUUUUUCCCACAAUGCAAUUGCCUCAAUCUCUUUCACUUUCACUCUUGGAUUAUUUGAUCGUGAAUUUCGAGCAGGAAACGAAGGUGAGAGGAUUCUCUACCUUCAGUGUCACCAUGUCACUGGCUCCUCUCCUGCUGCUGCUGCUCCUUCCUGUCCCUUCCUCAUCCGGAGCGCAGCUGCCCAAUCAGGGCCAAGCCAAAGACCCCCCCAUCGCCACCAACGGCCAGCCGUUCCCGUGGGACCGCAUGAGACUUCCCAAAACCAUCUUCCCGCUCCACUAUGACCUCACCAUCCACCCCAACCUCACCACCCUGGACUUCACCGGCCUGGUUCGCAUCGAGCUGGACGUGCUAGAGGACACCAGCAUGAUCGUCCUCCACGCCAAGCAGAUGCAGAUAUCUCACGUGAGGCUCCUGGCGCCUGAAGGCGUGAGGCCUCUGCGGGUGCUGGAGUAUCCACACUUCCAUCAGCUCGCCCUGCAGUCGGAAUCCGUGCUGACUAAAGGACGGAGGUACCAGGUGCAGCUGGAGUUUGCUGCCAACUUGUCUGACAGCUUCCACGGCUUCUACAAGAGCAGCUACCGCACCAGCAGCGGGGAAGUCCGGGUUAUGGCGUCCACACAGUUUGAAGCAACGUUUGCUCGUGGAGCUUUCCCCUGUUUUGAUGAACCUGCCUUCAAAGCCAACUUCACCAUACGGAUCAUCCGAGAGCCGCGGCACAUAACCAUCUCCAACAUGCCUCAGGUUAAAACAGUGGAGUUGCCAGGCGGUUUGCUAGAGGAUCACUUCGACACCUCAGUCAGGAUGAGCACGUACCUGCUGGCCUACAUCGUGUCUGACUUCCUGUCUGUGAGCCGGACCACCCAGCACGGCGUCAAGAUUUCAGUCUACGCUGUGGCUGAGAAGAUUGAUCAGACGGCCUUCGCUCUGGAAGCUGCUGUCAAGCUGCUGGACUUCUACGAUGACUACUUUGAUAUUCCUUACCCGCUUCCCAAACAGGACCUGGCUGCUAUCCCUGACUUCCAGUCAGGUGCGAUGGAGAACUGGGGGCUGACCACCUACAGAGAGGCGGGCCUCCUCUUCGAUGCCCACAGGUCUUCAGCUUCAGACAAACUGGCCAUCGCCAAGGUCAUCGCCCAUGAGCUUGCACACCAGUGGUUCGGGAACCUGGUGACGAUGGAGUGGUGGAACGACCUGUGGCUCAACGAAGGUUUCGCCAAAUUCAUGGAGUUUAUCUCUCUCGACGUCACGUAUCCAGAGCUGCAAGUGGAUGACUUUUUCUUGGGGAAAUGUUUUGAGGCCAUGGAGGUGGACUCCCUCAGCUCCUCCCACCCAGUCUCCACCCCCGUGGAGAACCCCAUGCAGAUCCAGGAGAUGUUUGACGACGUGUCAUAUGACAAGGGAGCGUGUAUUCUGAAUAUGCUGCGGGACUUCCUGACUCCAGAGGCCUUUGAGAUCGGCAUCAUCAAAUACCUGAAGCGCUUCAGCUACCAAAACACUGUCAACAGCCACCUGUGGGAGAGCCUCACUGAUAUCUGCAGCUCGGAUGAUUUGGACGAAGGCCGAAUGAAACACAAAGAAUUCUGCUCCAAACGCAAAGUCCAGUCUGGAGCCUCCAAGUGGUACUCCGGUGAUGAGCUGGACGUCAAGGCCAUCAUGGACACCUGGACAUUGCAGGAGGGCUUCCCGCUGGUCACUGUGGAGGUCAGAGGUCGCGAGGUCAGGCUCAGUCAGGAGCGUUACCUGAAGACAGACGACCCCUCCCUCACUGAAGGAUUCCUGUGGCAGAUUCCACUCACCUAUGUGACCAGCGCCUCCAACACCGUCCACCGCUUCCUGCUGAAAACCAAGACUGACGUCCUGUACCUGCCGCAGGAGGUGGACUGGGUGAAGUUCAACGUGGACAUGUGUGGCUACUACAUGGUGCACUAUGCAGGCGAGGGGUGGAACUCCAUCAUCAGAGUGCUGCAGCACAACCACACGGCGCUGACCAGCAACGACCGAGCCAGCCUCAUCCAAAACGUCUUCCAGCUGGUCAGUGUGGGGAAGGUGAGGCUGGACACGGCUCUGGAACUCUCUCUCUACCUGUCCAGAGAGACUGAGAUCAUGGCUGUGACUCAGGGCUUCGGAGAACUGGUACCUCUCUACAAACUGAUGGAGAAGAGAGACAUGCCGGCUCUGGAGAACCAGAUGAAGAGCUACAUUGUGGAUCUGUUCCGGGGCCUGAUUGAUCGUCAGGUGUGGACCGACUCUGGAUCGGUGUCGGAGCGAGUGCUCAAGAGUUACCUGCUGCUGUUCGCCUGUUUCAGGAACUACCCCCCCUGCUUGACCAAAGCCACGCAGCUCUUCAACGAGUGGAAGGAAUCCGACGGCAAUAUGAGUCUCCCGGUCGACGUCACCAUGGCAGUGUUUGUGAUUGGAGCUCGCACACCAGAGGGGUGGGACUUCUUGUUCGAGAAAUACCGCCAUACCAUGCAAAUGUCUGUCAAGAGCCGCAUGAAAAUGGCGAUGGCUGUCACUCCGCUGCAGGACAAGCUCCAGUGGAUGAUGGAGCAGAGCCUCCUCGGGGAAGUGAUGAAGACUCAGGACCUCCCGGACGUGGUGGUCUCCGUCAGCAGGAACCUCCGCGGCUACAAACUGGCCUGGGACUUCUUCCGAGCCAACUGGCACACCUUCAUCAAGAAGUUUGACCUCGGCUCCAACUCAGUCUCAUACAUGGUGAAGGGUGUGACCAGCCAGUAUUCUACCAGGGAGAUGCUACAUGAGGUCCGAAGCUUCUUUGGCUCCCUGACCGAGGAGUCGGGCUCCGAGAUGAGAUGCAUCCAGCAGAGCUACGAGAGCAUCGAGGACAACAUCCGCUGGAUGGACACCAACCUUCCUCUGCUGAAGGCCUGGCUCGACCGGCGCAGCCCCAGAAUGUCUCACGAGGAUUUAUAGCUCCAGGAGAACCAAAAAGUCUGAUGUCACUGACUUUAAUGAUGGUAGAUUGAAAAACGUAACAAAAGAAAUUUCAUGCUUUGGAAUAUGUGAUCUAUUUUAUUUGACACUCCAAACCAAAUUGACCCAGACUUUUUGUACACCUCUGUAAAACUAUAGCCUAAAUAAAUACUGUGAAAAAGUAAUAUAUUUCCUCAGUAGCCUUAAACAGAUUUUAAACAUCAAUAUAGCAGCAAAAAAGUAUGUUCCGUAAAAGAUAUCAUCCUCAUCAUAUUUAUAGAGCAGGAAGAGAAAGUCCAAUUCGAAGCACUCAGGUAGAACGACUCCUGGUGACGUUUCCCCUCUGGUUUCUGUGACUCAAAAAAGUCCUCAAACAAAUCAAGACAUGAAACCAGAGUAGAGAAUUGACUUUUCAGAGAUGAGAUAGUGAGAUGAGCUGUGUCAAGGCUGGUUCAAGUAACAGAGGGAGGGGGUGUCAGCAUUUGUGUUUCGUUAAAGAAGUUAAAGAAGCCCCAUACAUGACAGGUCUGAGGAAGAAACAUCCUUUUUUGAGAAACUAUCUUGGUUUCAUUGUUGUUUUCUUUGCUGUGUGUUCGCAUUGAUUUUAUUAAAACUUGUUAGAAAGGUGAGGAGUGGGCCAACGAAGAACUCUGUAACUUUUGUUGCAGAUCCAGGAUUUCUUAUCCACUUUCUUUAACAUUGUGAUUUAGGGUUAUGACCUUGGUAGAGGGACUUUGCGCCUCAAGUGCCCUUUGAGUUGGAGAAAUAAAUUGGAGUUCUCAAUUUAUUUCUCUGCAACGGAUGUAACACCUGAAGUUUUCUUUUCAGAGCUGGCUGCGUGUAUCUGUGUCUGUCUGUGUUUGUGCAGGUGUGUGUGUGUGUUUGUGUGUGUGUGUUUUGUGGAUUAAAUGUGAGGUGUGUGAGCUUAUAACUUUUAAUUCAAAGAUAAUUGCACCGCAGAUGGUUGGAAGUCUCAGUUUUUGUGUUGUUGAUGUUCAUUAACAUGGCAGACGACAACAGAGACAUUGUACAGCUUUGUGCAGUUGGUGAAUGAUGCACAAACGAAAUGCACUGCGCUGCAUCUGAUAUUUGAUUUUUCUCAAAUAUCUUGGUACAAAUCUUUCCUUCAUGUAAAAACCCAAACAAAACCAAAAAUAAUACUGGACAUUUGCUCUAGAGAAAGAAGCCAAAAAAGAGGCCUGCUGACCUCCAGCUGACCUCCAGCAUUCAAAAUGUGGGAAUAUCAACAACAUCAAAGCCAGAAUGAAGCUCGAGAGAAAAAAUAAUUUAUCCUAUUGCACUUUUUAGGUGGUUCUAGUGCCUUUGAAUAACCUUUUUUUUCUAAAUGUCUAACACUUAAACUUACUGCUGUAAGAAGACAAAUUUCAAAACAUGUUCAACUUUAUUUAAAUCCGCCUGUUGUGACAAACGAAAAUGCACUAUUGGGAAAGUGUUGUUACAUAAAAAACCUUCAUUUUGUUUGAUUUAGCACGAAUAUGAUUUUUUUCGCACCUCUGUGAAAUGGCUGAGGAUUCAGAGCAAUUCUGUUGGUUGAAUUUGGACCAAUAAAGAUUUAAAUUCGC